UACAACAAUGUAGAUUUGUUUUAGUAGAAUUUAGAGGAAUUCAGAGCAAAGUAAUGAAGUCAAUGAAAUAAUAAUUUACCAAUGUGAGUCACAAAAGCAAAGGUGUUUAUUAUAAAAAGCUGUAUUCAUUUUCAAUAAACAUGGCUUUACGGAUGUUGUCAAAACAUUUGUCAGGUAGAAACUUAUUACAUAAAAAAGGUGUCUUAAACGAGGUAGCAUGUUUUAAACAAUUUUAUUCAUCCCGAAUAACAAAUAUUGUGAAAAGUGAAAAGAAUCUUUUAUAUCGAGAGAUUUUUACGAAAAUAAUGGCCUGUGGCCCGAUCACAGUAGCGGAAUAUAUGAAGACAGUCCUUACGCAUCCUGUCGCAGGAUAUUAUACAAGUAAAGAUGUGUUCGGACAGAAAGGUGAUUUUACUACCUCUCCAGAAAUAAGUCAACUUUUCGGUGAAAUGAUUGCAGUUUGGAUAAUUAACGAAUGGAAUAAGAUUACUAAUAAUGAAUUUCAACUUGUAGAAUUAGGACCAGGGAGAGGAUCAUUAGCCAGAGAUAUUAUAAGGGUAUUUAAGCAAUUGAAAUACACGAGUAAAUUAUCAUUACAUUUUGUUGAAAUUAGUCCAGUACUUUCAGACAUUCAAGCAAAGAAUUUAUGUGUAUCUUCUAAAGAAGUAAAACCAGAAGUGAAUAAAAACCAAAAAAAUGCUGUUACUCAUUACAGAAAGGGAAUUACUGAAGAAGGGGUACAAAUUUUUUGGUAUUAUUCUAUAAAUGAUGUUCCAAGGAAAUUUAGCGUUUUUAUAGCACAUGAAUUCUUCGAUACAUUGCCUGUACAUAAAUUUCAGAAAACUGACCGAGGAUGGAAUGAAAUCUUGAUUGAUAUCGAUCCUUUAUCGGUAGACCAAGAAAAGUUCCGGUAUGUUCUAUCUGGUACGAGUACUUCAGCUAGCAUAAUCUAUGUAUCUGAAGACGAAAAGAGAGACCAUAUAGAAAUAUGUCCUCAAGCUAUGGUUACCCUUGACUACAUGGCAUCAUGUUUGAAAGAGUGUGGUGGAUUUGCAUUGAUUGCAGAUUAUGGUCAUAAUGGAGAAAAGACUGAUACAUUCAGAGCAUUUCGACAACAUAAACUUCAUGAUCCCCUGGUACAACCAGGCAGUGCCGAUUUAACAGCAGAUGUAGAUUUUUCACUGUUAAGAAAAAUAGCACAAAAGAAUGAAAGACUAAUAACAUUUGGGCCUGUAAAUCAAGGAAACUUUCUCAAGGAACUUGGUAUAGAUAUUAGACUAAAUGUACUUUUAAACUCAGCUUCUGAUAAUCAGAAGGAGCAAUUAAAAUCAGGUUAUCACAUGAUCACGGAUGACGAUAAAAUGGGAAAAUGCUUCAAGAUGCUAUCGCUUUUCCCAUGUGUUCUGAAAGAGCAUUUGCAAAAGUUUCCAGUUGCUGGUUUUCAGCAAUGUAAUACUGCAAAUAGUACAGAAAAUAAAUAAAUUUCUACAGAUUCAUCAUCAUUUGAAUAUAUGUACAGAAAUAUUUUUACAUUGUCCAUUUUCGAAUUAGGAAAUGUAAGAUUUAGAGUGACAUAA